CUUCCUUCCCGCGUGGGCCUCGUCUAUUGGCCGCGCGUGCCUGCGCGCGCGCCGACGCAGGUGCCCAAACCGAAACUUUCGCCUUAUGCAAAUAUUAACGACUUGUUUAAGAGAGAGCGCGCGCGCCGCCGACACGACACGACACAACACAACAGAAGAGGUUCACGCGAACUUCGCAGUUCCGAAGCGCGCGUGCGUCGCAUCCAUGGUUAGAAAGCUUACGACAUAAUCUGUCUGUGCGCUCGCGCCGUCACUGCAGGUCACGUGAUGCCGCAGGUGACGGGGCCGGUGCUGGUGCAGCUCGCGCUGCUCCUGUGCGCUCUGCCUGUGCAGUAUCUCAUAACGGAGUGGAGCAGCGGGACCGCCGCACAGCGCAAACUGGCAACUCAGGGGGUUCUUGAUGCAUGGAACGGCAUGAGGAAGUCCUAUCUAAAUGUGACAGUCUGGGUAGACUGGAUCAAUUCCUGGAUGCCCAAACUUCCGCUGCUGGGAGCAGAGGAGGAGCUGGAGAUGCUGCAUGAAGAUAUAAUGCCACUGGAGUUCCUGAUGCAUAGUAAUGAGCACGGCUACUUCGGAGCUUCAGAGGUGCCACGCAGCCCCAGGCCAGGGUAUGUGCUGCACCGUGUUGGGGAGGUCGUCAUUGAGACCCAGAAUCACAUGGUGGGGGUAAUAGUGGGCUGGGAUGAAGGACUCCGUGCUCCCCCAGAGUGGUUAAGAAGGAAGAAAUACACCGAUGCAGAGGUGAAAAAAUUAGAGGACACCCCACACUACAAAAUCUUGUUCCGUGGACCUGAUCCGUCCUCUCUGAUGAUUGGAUACCUCCCCCAGAAUGUACUCCAGCUCUUUGAGGGAUACAGGCCAGAAAUCCCCACACUGGAUCAUUAUUUCUCUCACUUUGAUGGGAAAAGAUUUGUGAUGCUCGACUGGCUGCAAGAGCUCUACCCUGAAGACUGAGAGAGAGAGAGAGAGAGAGAGAGAGGACACACCAGAACAUCGGAUCACACCAGCACUCUGAUGUACUGUAAAGGUGUGGACGUCUCUCUGUUGUGAUAUUAGCACUUGUCACUUUCUGCGCAGCUCUCCUCACAGUCGUGUCUCGGAGUCUCCCGGCGAAGUGCGGAUGUGAUUCAGGCUGUUAGCACGAUUCAGAGCUUUUCCAGUUAUGACUGCAGAUUCAGGGAUGAUUAUUAACACAAAUGAAUAAAUUACUGUUAUGUGAAUGAAUCAGGUGAAUGACUGGCACAGAGCCGGACAUUUUAUUUUUUUCUAUUAUUUAAUUGCCUGUGUUGAUUAAAAAUACACUGGGGUUUUCAUGAAUGUAACGCAAGACUGUUUAAAGAGUCCUCAGUAUUGUGCAAUGGAUUUUAAACAUGCCUGUAAACAGUGUUCUCAAGUAAAUGUCAACUAGAAGUGAAACUGUAAUUAAAGCCACUUAUCUUUUUUAAAAAAAUGAUUUGCUUAUGUAUGGCUCAUGUUACAGCUGCUCGGCGUGGAUGGAAUUUGCAUUAUUAAGAUGGAGAGGGUUUAGUAUAUAAACUUUUGAAUUAAAUAGAUGGUGAGCACCGUGUGGACAGUUUGUAUUAUUGAAAAAAGAAAGGAUAAAGUAGGACAGGAUGAACUAGCCUUGAAUCUGUAGGCAGCAGAGCUCAGUAUCGUUUCUACUCUUAAAUUCAACAACGCCUUAUGAAAUUCAGGGCAGAUUGCGUUUUUUUUUUUUUU